GGAUGUGUGUCGGUGUGUGUGGAGGGGGUGCUCCUUCGCUCCUGCUUUCCCGGCUUGGUGGGGUCCCUUCGCGGCCACCCGGGGAGACGUCUUAGGCAGUCGUGGUUCCUGUGAUCUGUGUCCUCUUUGCAGAAGGAAGCUCCAUCUCAUCUCGUCAUCUCACGGCCCUGGCACUGCCUCAGCAUGGCCAUCUCAUCACGCCUCGCCCUGUGGGAGCAGAAGAUUCGGGAAGAGGACAAGAGCCCUCCACCGUCCUCGCCCCCUCCCCUUUUCUCUGUCAUCCCAGGGGGCUUCAUUAAGCAACUGGUCCGGGAGACUGAAAAAGAGGCCAAGGAAGCGAGACAGAGGAAACAGUUAGCUCUCGCCGCUCCGGAACGAGAGACCCCAGAAAUUUCCAUCAGUGAACCCAACAGCAAGUCCAGCAGUGGCACCAGAUCUGGAAGCCAGCAGAUCUCUCAGGACAACCAGUCAAGCUCUCCUGGGAGCUCAGACAUUCUGAGCAAGGAAAGCGAGGGGACCGGCAGCCCCAACCCUGAGCGGAUGACCAGCAUCAAUGGUGAGAAGGCCCAGGAACUGGGCUCCACUGCAACACCAGCCAAAAAGACCCUCCCCUUCAAGAGGGGCAUGAGGAGGGGUGAUGUGUUGUUGAUGGUGGCCAAGCUGGACCUGGACUCAGCCAAGCCAGAGAGGACUCAUCCCCAUGACACGUCCCCUUGCAAGACCCCUCCCCCAGUCACAGACACUGGAAAGGAAAGGAAAGGGGAGACCUCUAGGGCUCCUUGUGGCCCCCAGGCCAGCACUGAGAUCUUGGCCCCGAAAGCUGAGAAGACCCGGACUGGGGGUCUUGGGGACGCAGGCCAAGGAACUGUGGCACUGAAAAAAGGCGAGAAGGGUCAAAGCAUAGUGGGGAAGGGGGGUGGGACCCCCAAAACCAAAGAGCUGAAAGAGGCUGAGCCCCAGGGCAAAGACAGGCAGGGGACCAGGCCCCAAGCCCAAGGGCCCAGCGAGGGGGUGCGACCAGGGAAAGCAGAGAAGGAGGGAGGGGAGCCCACAAGCCCGGUGGAAAAGGAGAAUGUCUCCAAGAACGUAGGGAGUGAAGGGAAGCACAUAGGGCCCCACAUCCCUGGGAGAAAGUGGGGAGGUUUCCUGGGAAGAAGGAGUAAGUGGGAUGGUCCCCAGAAUAAGAAGGACAAAGAAGGGGUGCUCUUAAGUAAGGCAGAGAAGACAGGUGAGCCUCAGACCCAGACAGAGAAGAAAAGCCAAAUGCAGGGUGAGUUGGGGGAUGAUCUGAGAAUGGGGGAGAAAGCAGGUGAGCUUCGGAGCAUGACUGGGAAGGCAGGUGAGUCCUGGGAUAAGAAGGAAAAGAUAGGGCAACCCCAGGGUAAGUCCGGGAAGGCAGGCGAAGCUCGGAGUCAGACGGAGAAGGGCUGUGAAGCCCCAAAGGAGGUGAGCACGAUGGUGGAGUCACCAGUGGCUGCUGGGAAGGGAGGCUGGUCAGGAAGAAGUGGGCAGGAAGCAGAGGGGCCCUGCUCAAGAGAAGAUGUUGGGUCUGGUGCCCUGGAGACAGAGCUGGAAGGACCCAGCCAGCCAGCUCUGGAGAAGGAUGCGGAAAGGCCUCGGAUACAGAAGGAGAACCAAGAUGGGCCAGCCCCCCAGGAGGCGGGCAAAGGAGGCCAGAGCAGAAACUCAGAGCAGGCUCCCGAGGACAGAUGGUAUGAGGCAGAGAAAGUCUGGCUGGCUCAGAAGGACGGAUUUACUCUUGCUACGGUGCUAAAGCCAGAUGAGGGAACAGCAGACCUGCCGGCAGGAAGGGUGAGACUUUGCAUUGAUGCUGACAAAAGUAUCACUGAGGUGGAUGAGGAGCAUGUCCAUCGGGCCAACCCCCCUGAGCUGGACCAGGCCGAGGACCUGGCCUCUCUCAUCAGUGUCAACGAAUCCAGUGUCCUGAACACGCUUCUGCAGCGCUACAGGGCUCAGCGGCCGCACACCUGCACGGGACCUGAUCUGAUCGUCCUUCAGCCCCGGGGGCCCUCGGUGCCGUCUGCAGGGAAGGUGCCCAAGGGCCGCUGGGAUGGCCUGCCCGCCCACAUUGGCUCCAUGGCCCAGCGGGCAUACUGGGCGCUGCUGAACCAGCGGAGAGACCAGAGUAUUGUGGCCCUGGGCCGGAGUGGGGCUGGGAAGACUGCCUGCUGUGAGCAGGUCCUGGAACACCUAGUGGGGAUGGCAGGCAGCAUGGAUGGCAAGGUCUCAGUGGAGAAGAUCCGAGCCACCUUCACUGUCCUCCGGGCCUUUGGCUCUGUGUCCAUGGCUCACAGCUGCAGUGCCACCCGGUUCUCCAUGGUGAUGUCACUGGACUUCAAUGCUACAGGCCGCAUCACGGCUGCUCAGCUCCAGACAAUGCUUUUGGAGAAGAGCCGUGUGGCACGGCAGCCGGAAGGGGAAAGUAACUUCCAGGUUUUCUCCCAGAUGCUGGCUGGAUUGGACUUGGAUCUCAGGAUGGAGCUGAACCUGCACCAGAUGGCAGAUAGCAGCUCCUUUGGCAUGGGCAUGUGGUCCAAGCCUGAAGAUAAGCAGAAGGCGGCAGCUGCCUUUGCCCAGCUCCAGGGUGCCAUGGAGACGCUGGGCAUCUCAGAGAGCGAGCAGCGGGCCAUUUGGCGGGUCCUGGCAGCCAUCUACCACCUGGGCGCAGCGGGGGCCUGCAAAGGGGGCAGCAAAAUCUUCGAGAAGGUGCUGGUGCAUCCUUUCCGUCGUCCCCACAUUCCCAGGCCCUGGGUCCGAUUCCUUUGA